AUGGUUCGAGCAAUAGAGGAAGAACAGGAAAUCUACAAGUCUCGCCUGACGCAUUUCAAACAAAUGCAGCAAGCAAAUGGACGGCAAGCGACGAGAAGUAUGAUCAUUGAGGGUAACAUAAAUGGCGAAGACGCCAUGGAUAAUGAAAAGGUGACCUCCCGGAGCUAUGUAUCCGGUCAUCAUUCCGGCGAUGGGGAAAGGCAAGGCGGUGUCGGAAGACCGCUCAACCGUUCGGAUGUUCUUAAAUCCCGUCUCGACGAUCCCGCAUCAAGGAAACCUUCAGGCAAGCCCCAAAAAUAUUUCUUCCGACUUUUUUUUCCUUAAAGAAAAAUCAUUCUAUUUUACAAAUUGUCAAUAUGAUGAAAUGCUUUAGAUAAUUAGCUCUCAUGUUCGUCAUUUUAGGAAUUCUCCACAUUUUGCCAAAAAUAAAAAUAAAAAUUGAUGGAUGCUAAUUAAGUAAAAGCCAGAAAUUUGGUGUAUCAUAAUAGAAAAGUUGCAAUUUUUGCCUUUCUUUUUUCCCUUUGAAUUUUCAAG